CAUUGAUAUAGUGUGACAGCACGUGUUUCCUCCAAUCCACUUCGAGCAAAAGGCUGCUGUGAAAACAACCGGUUUCGGAUUCAAUGGGAACCGUAUUCUCUGAGAAUCGGGGUGCGCUGCAUCCAUGGUCAAAUUUGAAGUGCAUCUGAUGUCGCCGUAGAGCGUGUGAGCGCCGUGCGGCACAGCGAGAGUCAUCGCGGCCGAGGUUAGGAAGAUCAAAGCUCUCGACUGCCUGACAAAACACCGGAUUGGCUAGGACAAUGCGACUUCGAGAAGAACGGCGGGAGAUGCAAUGAUCUUAUCACAUGUGACCAAGUACCGCGGGCCUGUCCGAGCGUACUACAGUACCCUAUCCCUGCGGAAAGUAUGCGGCCUUCCCGUUCGCUCACUGAUAUCCUACGGCGACUAAUGCACAGAGGUGCGCCUCCGGGGACCAAUACCGCCGCACUGGUCCUUGAUGCCAUCCGUCGAAGCUUCGAUGAACUGCCAUGUUUUGGGAUGCACCGCCGGUCAAUCGUUGUGCCGUCCGAGCUUGCAUUGGCUUCCUUGAGCGCCUGUGUCUAAAUCCGCCACUCUGUUGUUGGGCGCUCAGUGGCUGUGAACCGUGGCAUCGUUCCAGUGAGGCAGCGUGUACGGAGAAACGCUGUGCGGACACGAGGCCGAUAAACGAAAGGCAGAAGAAGAGCGUCUCGAGCGCGAGAGAGCCAGCGGGAACAAGCUCUGGAGCGUCUACAUCUCCGAGGCGGAGAGCUAUGAUAAAGG